AUGGCAGCGUUAAUGGAAGAGGCGAAGCAGCAGCAGCAGCGGCUGCUGCAGCAGCAGCUGCUGCUGCCUCCGCUGCUGCUGCUGAGGCAGGCUCCGAGGAAGCUUGCGCUGCUGCCAACGCUGCUGCCGACACAGCAGCAGCAGCAGCAAAAAGAGCAGCAGCAGCAGCAACAGCAGCAGCAGCAGCAGCAGCAGCAGCAAAUGGCGCGGUGCCCUGUUUUGGCAGUGCUGGAGACGAUUGACGGCGACAGCAAACAGUUCCAUAUCAAGCAAUAUGCUGAUGCUUCAGAACCUGCUGGCUACGGACCCGUAAGUGCUGCUGCUUAA